CUUGAAGGUAGCUUUAUAGUUUUUCCCCCAGUUAUUUUCAGUUCUUGUCUUGUGCGCUAACUUCAUAACAGCGUACUACACUGUGGCGCCACGCUAUCGCCAUAUGGCAACGUGAGCAAACAGAUAGUUAAUACCAUUUCGCUGAUUCUAUACAGGAGCGUCUAAAGCUGUGUUCAUCACUCAUAAGGGGUAUUUAAGUGAAAUAUUUAGGUGAAAAUUGGUAAAUCAACACGACUGUCAACAUUAAUGAAUACUGCAAAAGUGGGUGGGCCGGGUAAAUGUGGUGUGGGCUGAAAUAAAUAUAUUGUGUGAAAUGUAAAUAAAUUUAUUGAUUACUCGUGAACAUGUGGUCGCAUAUCGCUAUUAAUGCAAUUAAAGUACUGUACUAUGUGGGCAUGCAAGAAUUUAUCGCGGAAGAGUUCCGGGACAUGCCAGCUAGCUUUGGGCCAGAGAUAGCACCGGAUGGUUUACGGGGCUUCCUGGUGGUAGGCGAACCAGAAGAUGGUUGCGGGCCCAUGGCAAAACCUCCUACAGUGGAGAAUUUCACUGGGAAAUGGAUAGUGCUAGUUUCCAGGUUUAACUGUAGCUUCGAGGUGAAGGUGCGCAACGCUCAGGCGGCCGGGUUUAACUGUGCUAUCGUGCACAAUGUUAACUCCAGUGAGCUCGAGACGAUGUCAGCGAAGGACCCGGUAGGGAUAGAUAUUCCUUCGGUGUUCGUGAGUGACCUGGCGGGCCAGAUACUUUCCGAAGAGUACAUUUAUAUAAAUAAGUUUUAUAUAAUGGUGAACGGAGACCUUCCGUUUGACAUAAACACACAUCUGCUGCUGCCCUUCGCGAUAGUGGUGGUGCUGUGUCUCAUCGUUAUACUAAUAUUCAUGAUAGUGAAGUGUAUCAAAGACCGGCGGCGCGCUCGUCGGCACCGUCUGCCCAACCGCUCGCUCAAGAAGAUACCAAUCUGCAAGUUCAGCAAGGGAGACCCGUACGACACGUGCGCUAUCUGCCUGGAUGACUACCAGGAGGGAGACAAGCUGCGGGUGCUGCCCUGUGCGCACGCGUACCAUUCGAAGUGCAUCGACCCGUGGCUGACCCAGAACCGGCGCGUGUGUCCCGUGUGCAAGCGGCGCGUGGUGGCGGCGGGCGAGCGGGUGCGGGCGCGACCGCCGCACUCCGGCUCCGACUCGUCCGACACCGAGCCGCUGCUGGACAGCCAGCCGCAGACGCAGGGUGGUACUUUUGUGGCCCAACGCGAGAACCCGUUCAUGCGCGCGGCUCGCUACAUCGCCACGUUGAGACGCUCAGAGGGCAGGGCCACCACAGGCGACGCUGAGGCACCACACUCUACGGCCGCUGGUGCUGACAUUAAUGAAGAGACUGAGGGCGACCAUGAGCCGCUCAUACAGAACCCGGAACGAGCGAUCCCUGAGCGCAGACGUCGGCGCCAGCGUGCGAGGCCCCCCGCGGACCGCUCCACUACAGACCCACAAACCCCAGAGUUCGCGACCCCGCGGGGCUCGGCGGAACAACCCCUGCACCCCGACGCACCCUCAAUCAACGAAGCCAACGGGGAAAUUGGUGUGGCAGCCCUGCCCGCGCGACCCGAAGACCCAGAUCAUCACAUCAACUUAUGAAUAACACAUAUUCUCUUAUGAUUACGCUACAUUAGAUUACGGUAGACCUAACAAGAGCAUAUCGGUUUGGGACUUUCGCGUGUGACGCGAAACGUCAGCGAACUCAACGCGAAUUCGAGUUGCCCUGGUGGGUAUACCAUCACGUCGAAUAUAAAAGAUGUUGAGUAUAGAAUUAAUAGUGUAUUAUGAGAUAACACGCAUAAUAAUGUCGUCAAUAUAACAAAACACGAAUAACUACAAUGAACACGUGUUCUUCCUUAAACGGAGCAUCUGUUAAACUUAAGGGAAUAUUAUUUAUGAAAAAAAAAAAAAACACUUUUACUGCUCUACUUUUCAUAAUUUACAGCAUUUUCCUUCCAUAAAUAAAUAAUAAUUGCGCCCUGGCGACCUAACGGCUGACAUCAACUCACGCGACACUUUCGUGUCGAUAUUAACAUUUUAAAGUGUUACAAAUACGCUUCUAUAUCUAGUGCACCAUUGGCUUAGCGGUGCAACUAGAUUUUUUGAGAAAUAAAAGCGAUGGAGUAUAUCUUUCGCUGUUUGAAUUAAAAAGUUUACAAUAGUCAGAUAUUGAAAAUAUAUUUGCUGAGCCAAUUCCGCACAGAACCAUGUAGCUAGACAUAAUAGGGAUUUCCCGCAACUAUAAAGUAAGCCUUACAAUUAAGCUUGGCAUAAAGUUAUACCUGAGAAUAAAAUAUGCAAAAUGUUGACUAUAGCACUGUCAACACAAUGAUAAUUCUGAAGUUUUCCGAAUGACAAGCAGCUUUGCAAAUAAACGCGGGGAACGUUAUACGUCUGAAUAAACCAAUCAUAAGCAAAAUGUCUAUAUAUGUUAUACGUCUGAAUAAACCAAUCAUAAGCAAAAUGUCUAUUUGUAAACAUUUUGUAUAUUCUUGGCUUAUUCUCAGGUAUAAAUGUAUGCCAAGUUUAUUUGUAAGGCUAUAAGUGUUUUGCGUCUUAUCUUUAUAUACACAUUUGCUGGAACUAGUUGUUAUUCGCAUCGAAUUCGCUCGUCAUUCGCGGACCUUUAUACUCGUGUAAUAGAAGAAAACGGUGUGAAAAUAUUGAACUGUUCUGUUAUCUUGAGGAAUAUGAAAAAAAAACAACUGUUCAAGAAUUCAAUUAGAGAUAAGUUCAUUCCGGACCAUUGUAAAAAAAAGAGUUUAUUAUCCUCAAAACUUACGCCAAUAUGUAAGUGAAAUGAUCUGAUUUCGCUUACAAUAUACAAAUAUUACUCAUUUGGGCAGCGAAUUUUAUGUUGUUCUUUUUAUCAAUAUUAAAGAUACGUCUAAAAUUUGAAUGAUAUAAAGUUAUUGAUGUAACUUAUUUAAUUUACUGUCUAUCCAUUUCAAUUUAUAAGUUAAUAGGCUUUGUGUUGAAAUAAAUUCACGGAACAAAACAGAUAAGUACCUAAGUCUUUGAUUGAUUUUACUUUUCUGCGAAAAAUAUGACAAAAGUAAAUAAAAUAAUGGAAAUUUAUGACAACAUACCAACUAAAAAUAAAUAAACAUUUUUUUUUUCACUUUCAAGAAUGAUUUUCUGAGGGUUUUUGUUAUUGAAAUUAAUACUUAACGACCUUUGCCUCUCGUGUUCGAUGUCGAAACUGUAGGAACGCCGCCAUAGAUAAUAGAACUUGUAACGCAGAUGAAAUAUUAAAGUAUAAAGGUACAAUAAACACGGUAAAUUAUAUACUCCGAAUUUUAAUGAUUUUAUAUUCGAAAAUGUGUGUAGAGAGCAAAUCUUACGUUUAAUCAUUUCGUUCCAGUAUAUUGGGUUUUAUUAGCAAUAGUUGACUUUGUUGAAAUAUGUUUUGUGUCUUUAACGGAUAACUUUUAUGUUUAGUAGGUAUGGCCAUAUGUAUGAUAGAUUAUGUUUUUUUUUUUUAAUUUCCCUAGUGUUUCUUUCUAAUGUAGAUAUUAUAUCAAAUUAGGCCUACUCUAUAAAAUAAUUUAUAUUUAGAUAUUACUUAGAAUUGUGGGAAUAUGAUGACCAGUGGGAGGCUCCUUUGCACAGGAAGCCGGCUAGAUUAUGGAUACCACAAAGGCGCCUAUUUCUGCCGUGAAGCAGUAAUGUGUAAACAUUACUGUGUUUCAGUGUGAAGGGCGCCGUAGCUAGUGAAAUUACUGGGCAAACGAGACUUAACAUCUUAUGUCUCAAGGUGACGAGCGCAAUUGUAGUGCCCCAGAUUUUUUGGGUUUUUCAAUAAUCCUGAGGGGCACUGCAUUGUAAUGGGUCCUGCUCGUCUCGUCCGUUAUUUAAAUAAAAAAAAAUGUCGAAGUAUCAUUCGUUACAAUGGUUCCAUUGAAAUCUAUUUGUUAUUUUGAAAGAUUUUAAACGUUUAUUCACCAUGCUCAAGCUCUACAUUAUAGUGAAUGGUCAAGAUAAUAUAUAUAUGUCUAAAUGUAAAUUGUUUUAUAGAGAAGGCCUUAUGUUCUGUUAAUGUAGGUGUAUCUGCGUUUAAAUCUUAAGUUUAAAUUUUCUUCCAAUAUUUGUUGUAGCUGAUAUAAAAAGCCCUGUAUGGAAUAGUAUUAAAUAACAUUAACAAGUCGAUUCCAUAAACAAUGGGCAUCCUCAUUUCGACCAUACAUAAGGUUGGUAACACUUAUAGACGCUUUAAAGUCCGUCCCUUAAAAGUGUCUAACAGCGGAAUAUGGGAUUCUAUUUUAUAUAUUUACUUAGGUUCAAUGAGUAAUAAUCAAAUGUCGACUUAUCCUUUCUUUUAGCCAUUCUAACUGUUUAUUCAUUAAUUAACUAAAUGCUACAUUCGAAUUUUUAAAACGGAAUUAUUGUAAGUCUCGUUAUUUAUGUAUGAGAAAUUAUUGUAUUUAUUUAUAUGCUUCUAGGGAAUUAUUUUCAACUAACGCUUGUAUAUAAAUUGUAAUUGUGAUAUACAUGUUUAGUUCGUCGAUCUUAUUAUUGGACACUUGCAAUUUUAGGUUAAAACCAAAGAAAUAAAAUCGUUUGACACGAA